AUAAACUAAAACUAAGAUCGAGAAUCAAACCAAAUUAUAUCGCUUUUCAUUUGUUCGGUUCGGUUUUAAAACCGAAAACAAUCAAUUUUAUUUUAAUUUGGUUUUUUCUUAAUCAUUCUUUAUUGCAUUUAGCCAUGGAAAAUCUGAAACCCUAAACCCUAACCUCUGUGUGAGUGACAGUGCACCAUUGAAGUUGGAACCGAUUCAAUGUCACAAAACUCUAAGCACACAGUUGAAUUCGAAGAAUGCAGUGACAAUAGGCCGUCAAAGAUUUCAAAAAUCGAGUAUCCCAAUCCCAUCGACGACGGUGAAGAAGAAGAAGAAGCAGCAAAGACAGUGACCGAAGACCAAAAGCAAGAGAUGAACCAACACCAUAAGAUUCAACGCUACCUGGUGGCGAUUGAGUACAUCGGCACUCGCUUCUGUGGUUCUCAGAAACAGCUCACUGACCGUACUGUCGUUGGUGUUCUUGAGGAAGCUUUUUGUAAAUUUGUUGGACAACGAGUUUCGGUUAUUUGUUCGAGUCGAACUGAUGCUGGAGUGCAUGCUUUGUCGAAUGUUUGUCAUGUAGAUAUCGAGCGAAUCAGCAAAAGGAAGCCCGGUGAAGUGUUACAACCUCAUGAACCUGCUGUGGUUAGAAGGGCUGUGAACCAUUUCUUACAGAAGCAAAAUGGUGACUUAAUGGUCAUUGAUGUUCGAUGUAUUCCAUCAGAUUUGCAUGCCAGAUAUAGCGCACAAGAGCGCACAUACUUCUAUCGCCUGUUGUCUGGGCCAGAGCCUUUGUCAACCUUGGAGAAAGAUCGAGCAUGGCAUGUAGAGGAGGAGCUUAAUCUUCCAGCAAUGCAAGAAGCAUGCAGAGUUCUAGUUGGACAUCAUGAUUUUAGUUCUUUCAGGGCAGCUGGUUGUCAGGCAAAAUCACCAAUUAGAACUUUAGAUGAACUCAGUGUCAUUGAAGUUAUACCAAGUCCAUAUUUUCCAUCUGUAAUGGAUAGAGAACGACAAAUUAAAGUUGCUGAUGAUCUUCAUGGCUUUCACAGCAAAUCUGAAUCCACCAUUCCUCUUGGCUCUAGUGCAAGAAUUGAUGAAGUAAGGACAUCAAAUGAAGAUGUGGGAUUUGGUAAAAGAAGGUAUCAUCGUUGUUUGGUAGUAACUGCACGCGCACGUGCUUUUCUAUACCAUCAGGUUAGACUACUUGUUGGGGUUCUCAAAGCAGUUGGCACUGGAAACUUAACAGUUCCAGAUGGUAGUUGAAAGAAUUCUGAAUGCAAAGACUAUUAAAGCCGCAAGUCCAAUGGCCCCGGCAUGUGGUCUCUACUUGGCAGAGGUGAAAUACGAUCUACCUAGUUAGUAGACAUUGGGUGUUAUGAUCCUGAUUUGAGGCCUAGUAGCUCCAAGAAGAGAUGAGAUAAAAAAAAUCUAGACAGCAAGUAUUUUAGGCAUGGGUAUUUAUAACUAAUAUUAUAAUAUAGUUGAUAACAAAAAUGCCAAAUUGUAGGAAUGACUGUUUUUGAGAGAAUAAAUAAUAUAAAUACUGUAACAUGAAAUUUAAAAGCAUUGAAUGAAUACAUAUUUUUCUAUCU